CCCGGCUUUCGAAAACAUCUGGGCCUGCUAGAGAAAAAGAAAGAUUACAAACUCCGCGCCGAUGACUACCACAAAAAACAAGAAUACCUCAGAGCUCUCCGGAAGAAGGCGCUUGAAAAAAAUCCAGAUGAAUUUUACUAUAAAAUGACGCGUGUUAAACUCCAGGAUGGAGUUCAUGUUAUUAAGGAGACGAAGGAAGAAGUAACUCCAGAACAGCUAAAGCUGAUGAGAACUCAAGAUGUCAAAUAUAUAGAAAUGAAAAGGGUUGCAGAAGCUAAGAAAAUUGAAAGACUAAAAUCAGAGCUCCAUCUGCUGGAUUUCCAGGGGAAGCAACAGAAUAAGCAUGUGUUCUUUUUUGACACCAAGAAGGAAGUGGAACAGUUUGAUGUUGCGACUCACCUGCAGACAGCCCCAGAACUCGUCGACAGAGUUUUCAACAGACCCAGGAUAGAGACUUUGCAGAAGGAAAAAGUAAAAGGAGUUACGCAUCAGACUCGGCUCAAGCGCAUAGCUAAAGAGAGGCAGAAGCAGUAUAACUGCCUGAUCCAGCGCAUUGAGCGAGAGAAGGAGUUGUUCGUGACUGCACAGAAAAUUCAAACACGCAAAGAUCUCAUGGAUAAGACGCAGAAGGUGAAGGUGAAGAAAGAAACAGUGAACUCCCCAGCUAUUUACAAAUUCGAGAGUCGUCGGAAGCGCUGACGUGUUCUGGAUGCGCCUUGUCGUUCCGCACUGAAAGUCGCUGGUGACUUCACGUUCCGCCAGUCCGCACGCCGUGCUUCCCCUUUGUAAGCACAGGUGAUCGUCAGGCUGACAAUUGAUGUCUUUCUGUGAA